CUCGCUACGUAGAGCCCGCGCCGUGCACGCGCGUGAGGUACCCCCGGUCGCGAGGAGGAGGAGGAGGAGGAGGAUGUGGCGCGCGGAGGGGAAAUGGCUGCCGAAAACAAGCCGGAAGAUGAUCAUGGUAACAGCAAUGGCAGUCAUGUGAAAAUAUUCCUACCCAAGAAGCUGCUCGAAUGCCUCCCGAAAUGUUCCUCUCUUCCCAAGGAAAGGCACCGCUGGAACACCAAUGAGGAAAUUGCAGCUUAUUUGAUCACAUUUGAGAAGCAUGAGGAAUGGCUAACCACUUCCCCUAAAACAAGGCCGCAGAAUGGAUCGAUGAUCCUCUACAACAGAAAGAAGGUGAAGUAUCGAAAGGACGGCUACUGCUGGAAGAAAAGGAAAGAUGGGAAGACUACGCGUGAGGACCACAUGAAGCUCAAGGUGCAGGGAGUGGAG